GUGUAAAGUGACGCACAAACAAAUUCAACGUAUUUGGCGCUCUAUGUGUAGACGUCAACUAAAGCAACCAAGCAUUAGAGAAUCAAAACGUUCAGCCAUAUUGAAAGAGUCUCUCGUCGAGUUACAACGUAUAAGUGAACAAAACAGUAAACCAAACAUUAAAGAUGGCCGACAACGAUGAUCUUUUGGAUUAUGAAGAUGAAGAGCAAACCGAACAAGUUGUUGCGGAGACAACUGAAGCACCGAAAAAAGAUGUGAAAGGUACUUAUGUAUCAAUUCACAGUUCGGGCUUUCGUGAUUUUCUCUUGAAACCAGAAAUUCUUCGUGCAAUCGCCGACUGUGGUUUUGAACAUCCAUCUGAAGUUCAACACGAAUGUAUUCCCCAAGCUGUUCUUGGAAUGGACAUUUUGUGCCAAGCCAAAUCAGGUAUGGGCAAAACUGCUGUGUUCGUUUUGGCUACUUUGCAACAAUUGGAACCAACGGAAAAUCAUACUUAUGUAUUGGUCAUGUGCCAUACUCGUGAGUUGGCUUUCCAAAUUAGCAAAGAGUAUGAGCGUUUCUCAAAGUAUAUGCCAGCAUUGAAAGUUGGCGUAUUCUUCGGUGGUUUACCAAUUCAAAAAGACGAAGAGACUCUGAAGACGAUGACACCACACAUCGUUGUUGGUACGCCUGGUCGAAUUUUGGCUCUUAUUCGCAACAAGAAACUCAACUUCAAGCACUUGAAACAUUUUAUUUUGGAUGAAUGUGACAAAAUGUUGGAACAAUUGGAUAUGCGGCGCGACGUACAAGAAAUUUUCCGCAAUACUCCGCACGGAAAACAAGUCAUGAUGUUUUCGGCUACAUUAAGCAAAGAAAUUCGCCCCGUCUGCAAGAAAUUCAUGCAAGAUCCAAUGGAAGUCUACGUCGAUGAUGAGACCAAAUUGACUUUACACGGUUUGCAGCAGCACUAUGUCAAAUUGAAGGAGAACGAAAAGAACAAGAAGCUAUUUGAAUUGUUGGACGUACUAGAAUUCAAUCAAGUGGUGAUUUUCGUGAAAUCGGUACAACGUUGCAUGGCAUUGGCACAAUUGUUGACCGAGCAGAAUUUCCCAGCCAUCGGAAUUCAUCGUGGCAUGGGCCAAGAAGAGAGAUUGUCACGUUAUCAGCAAUUCAAAGAUUUUCAGAAGCGGAUCUUGGUUGCAACCAAUUUAUUCGGUCGGGGUAUGGAUAUUGAGCGAGUCAAUAUUGUCUUCAAUUACGAUAUGCCAGAGGAUUCCGACACCUACUUGCAUCGUGUAGCUCGUGCUGGGCGAUUCGGUACCAAAGGAUUAGCCAUCACCUUCGUUUCAGAUGAGGGCGAUGCCAAGAUUUUGAAUGAAGUUCAAGAUCGUUUCGAUGUCAACAUCACGGAAUUGCCUGAUGAAAUCGAUCUCUCAUCGUACAUCGAAGGACGAUAAAUCAUAAACUGUAUUUGGUUAGAAUUAAGAGGUGUUUCUCUCCUCAAGAGAACGUUUAAGAAUAUCUAAUUUAAGAGACACAGAACAUACAUUCAACAUAAGAAAAACCUUCCGUAAAUUGGACCGUUUCAUGAAGACUAUAUUUUAAAAAAACAUGUACUUUCCACUACAUGAGAACUAAACUCAUCAGAUAAACUAACAUGUGCUUAGUUAACGGCAAUUCUUUUUUAACGUUCUAAUCUAUCGCAGUAAUCUGAUUUUAAAUUUAGACUAUCAAAUUCCAUAAUAAUUUCCUUUUUGCAUAACAACAACAAACAAAAUCAUAGCAAUUGAAUGAGUAAUAAACAAGAGUAACAAACAAA